GAAUCAACACAAUAUGAUACUAAAGAUAAAUCAACACAAUAUGAUACUAAAGAAGUUGAAUCUACACAAUAUGAUACUAAAGAAGAUAAAUCAACACAAUAUGAUACUAAAAAAUGUGAAUCAACACAAUGUGAUACUAAAGAAGAUAAAUCAACACAAUGUGAUACUAAAGAAGAUAAAUCAACACAAUGUGAUACUAAAGAAGAUAAAUCAACACAAUGUGAUACUAAAGAAGAUAAAUCAACACAAUAUGAUACUAAAGAAUUAGAGAAGAAAGAACAUAAACCAAAGCAAGAGAAGAAAGCACAAAAUCAAUCUAAACUAAAUAAAUUACAUUAUAUCGAAUUUAGACGAAGUCACCAAUGUCAAUUUGAUAUUAAUCAUGAAAUUAAUUUUACAUUGUAUAUACACGAUUUGAAGUUGAAACAAUCCAACAUAAAUAAUAACAUGAAAAACUUGCUUGAAAUUGAAAAGAGAGAGUGCGUUUUAAGCUAAACAUUUCGACUUGCUUGGCAAUAUCUGUUUAAGUUAAAGAUUUGUUUUGUUUAUGUAUUGUAUUAGUGGGAAGAUUUACCAAAAAAUUGAAACCAAUUUUGUUAAUAUAAUUUGGGGUUGAAAAAAAAAGGGGAAGUGUGGUUAUCGAUUUUACUAUAAUGCUUGCAAGUCAUGACGUCGGAGAGAUAGAGAGAGAAGGGAACGAAAAAAAGAGAGAAAAUUAGAGACAGAGAGACGGAUAGUGAAUGAGGAAGAGAGAGACACAGAGAAAGUUUGAAAAGCAAACGAAAUUACGACUGAAUGAAAAAAAUUAUAUAUACAUUUAUAUAUAUUCUUGUGAAAUACUUACUGACUUUUGAUUGUGUUAUGUUUCUUAGAAUUUUUGUACAUCUAUUUCUUUGUUUACGCCGUAGUUCCAUUCCUGAAAGAACCAGGGUCAGAUAAAUGUUCGUAAAACGAAUACACUUAUAAUGUGAAGUAUAGGGAAGGUUCGACGACGUCAAAAUUAAAAAGAAGACAUAGGCAUUUGGUGGUAUAAUAACAUUUAUAUUUUCCACAUAAAAUGUUAUACCAAUGCAUUAUUAAAUUAAUUUAUGUAAUUCUGUGAACAAAAUACAGUCAAUAGUUAAAUCUUUCUUGAAGUUCCACGCGUCAGUUCUGAUGUAUCAUCCUUUUUAAAAAUAUAUUUCAGGUAUUGCAUGUCUAUAUUCCUCCGCCUCCAACCCUUCUUUAUAAAGUUCUGAAUGAGGUACAUAAAUGUGAUAAAUUUACCUCUUUUUAUUUUUUAAUGAGCUUAUCUUGGUUCUCUGAAACUUCUUUCACACCCUCAGCAGUAAUAUCGCCCAAUCCCACCAUUUCACGCAGGCCUGCUAACAAUUACAUUAUCCCCCCCCCACGUGAUCUAAUUCAUUGACGUCGUGCAGAAGCUUGCCUCAAUGUUCAUUUUAACACUUUGAUGACACAUCGCCCCAUGAUACCUUUACGUCGUUAUUGCCUUUUAAAUUAUCAAUCUUCUUUGAUUGCUUUGUCCGAGUGUCCAAGAUUAUCACCAUGAACGUUUAUCGGAUGUGAUAGGUUUUAAAGCUUGACUCUAACGCCCUAGUACGUCGGUUGUUUUAAUAACAAAGUUGUAUUGGGAGUCAUGUAAACAGCCUUGACAUCUAAUGGCGUUCGUACACCAGCAAGGUUUUGUUGAGUGGCCAGUGGCAUCGUUCAAGACCAGAAGUGCCUUGGGUGGUAAAUCUCAUUCGUCCCAAAAAACACAGUAGGACAAGCGUUUUUUUUUUUUUAUAGUGAAUCGGAGUAAACCGAGGGCUCCCCGUAUUCAUUGUAGCCACAGAGCCAUAUUAAAGUGUUUAAAACAAAUGACCUGAUUCUGGCUUACUGUGAGAUGGUUUUAUUUAUUUGUACUUGUUGUCUGAGGUCUGAGCCUCAAAUAAAUGUUUCUAAAUGUGGAGCUCUAUUUAAUGUACGGUAUACAUUAAAUUGAACUAUUUUGAAUUUGCUACGAAAGCUGUGUAUAUUUUUUUUAUAAAUCUGUAAAAAUAAAAUACAAUAAACUUGAAAAGCGAUGUAUGUCAC